CACCCACGCUAGUAGCUUUCCAGCCACCUUCCACGCACAAAUUUCCCGGCGAAUAUCCCCAUUCGACUGCCCUUGGCGGCCGUUGGCGCAGUGGGUGAAACAACAACGACGCUAACACUGGAGCUAUAACAUUAACAACGGGGGCUCCCGUUCAAAAGCGCCACAGCGAGCGUACCAGCCAGCGUAGUGUCAUCACUUGUGACUCUCUCUGAAACGGACUCGGUUUCGGAGAAGUGCAAAUUGAUACACCGCAAAUUAAAACCACUGCCGCCCGCACACCCUCUAAGGAGCGAAAUCACCCCCCAAAACCAAGCAAAAAUGGUGCAAAACAAGAUCACCGAAGUCACUGGAUUCCACCGCUCUUUCAAGGGCCAAAAUCCCUUUGAAUUGGAGGACUUCACCAAGAAUGGGUCCCACCACAUUGAUUCUUCAUUUAAUUUUGGUUCUGCCCCAAGACACGACAUGCCUUCCAGCCAGCCUAUUGACAUUCCUGAUGCCAAGAAGAGAAACAAGAAGAAAAAGCGUUGCAGAGCAACGGACAGUUUCUCUGGACGAUUUGAGGAUGUCUACAGACUCCAGGACGAAGUACUGGGGGAAGGUGCUUAUGCCAGGGUGCAGGCUUGCAUCAGUCUCAUCACAAACAAAGAAUAUGCUGUCAAGAUGAUCGAAAAACGACCUGGUCAUAGCCGCAACCGUGUCUUCCGUGAGGUGGAGAUGCUUUACCAGUGCCAGGGCCACAGGAACAUCCUGGAGCUGGUGGAGUUUUUUGAAGAGGAAGACAAAUUCUACCUGGUGUUUGAAAAACUUCGAGGAGGCUCGGUGUUGGAACAAAUUCACAAGAGGCAGCACUUCAGCGAGCAGGAAGCCAGUGUAAUGGUGCACGACAUCGCCAGCGCUCUGGAUUUCCUGCAUAACAAGGGAAUGGCCCACAGAGAUCUGAAACCUGAGAACAUUCUCUGUGAGAGUGCAGACAAGAUUUCUCCAGUCAAGAUCUGUGACUUUGACCUGGGCAGUGGGAUCAAACUGAACAGUGACAGCUCGCCCAUCUCUACUCCCGAACUCCUCACUCCUUGUGGCUCAGCAGAGUACAUGGCACCUGAAGUCGUUGAGGCCUUCAGUGAAGAAGCUACGAUAUACGACAAGCGCUGUGACCUGUGGAGCCUCGGAGUCAUCCUCUACAUCAUGCUGAGCGGCUAUCCGCCCUUUGUGGGUCGAUGUGGCGGCGACUGCGGAUGGGAACUGGGAGAACCCUGUCACACCUGCCAGAACACUUUGUUUGAAAGUAUCCAGGAAGGAAAGUACGAGUUUCCAGAGAAGGACUGGGCUCACAUCUCCUCAAGUGCCAAAGACCUGAUAUCCAAACUUCUGGUUCGGGAUGCCAAAAAACGUCUGAGUGCCAGCCAGGUGCUGCAGCACCCCUGGGUGCAAGGGGGAGCAUCUGACACUUUACCGACAUCCAUCAUCCAUCAGAGGAACAGCAGUGCCGUGGACUUAACCUUCUUCGCCGGGAAGGCCAUGGCCGUCAACCGGCAGCUGGCCGAGCAGGACGGCAUGGAGGAGCAGCAGCAGCAGCAGGAGGUCCCGUUGAUCGUUGCUGCCGGCGGCUCCUCCGUGCGCCUCUCGCCUCCCUCCGACUCCAAGCUGGCGCGGCGCAGGCAGAGGAGCAGCCAGCUGAAGGGAGGCCCCGUCUCCGCGGCCGAGCUCUGCCAGCUCCUGGCCCCUCUCGUCAUUGUGGGAGACUGUGCUUGAGCUUUUUCCACCUGGAGUUCUCAACCUCAUUUACAAGAACUUUCCAGACUGGACUGCUCCCCAUCACCUCCUCCCCCGGUUUGGCUCCCCUCUCUCUCUCUCUUCGACUCCCGGUCCUCCUGGAGUCCGGCUUCUGACGCCGCCGCUCUAAAUGCCUUCUGCCCUUAUGCAGCACUUCUGAAGCACAUCUACACAGUACCUGCAUACAGCACGUUCAGGUUGGGGAGGAGGGGCCGCUUCAUGUUUCGGGAGUGUUUAUUAUUAUUAUUUUGUUCUUCAUUCGACUCAGUUUAGAAGUCAGAACUUUGAAAACAAAGCUCAGACACCAAAGGACAACCUGUUGUGCUGCUCCCACGUUACAACUGGAUCCACUGUGAAUUAAGUUAUCUGGAAUGUUCUCUUCGCCUGUACGUCCGCGCGUGAGCGGCCCGUCUGCUGACACACGCGCGCGCCUAUGCAAUACGCCAACAUGAAGGCUGUUUAGUAUCUGAGAGGUUGAAAGGGCUUCGAGCCGACUCUGUCUGUGCCUGGUGCGGUCCGAUCUGUGGCUGGAGACUGCCCCCCCCCCCCCCCCCAUAUUGAAGAGAAGUCCCUCACAUCUGAGCGUCACGAGUCUGAGAUCCGCUCAUCAGCCUGGCGGCCGUGCACUUAAUGAGCAAAGAAUGUUAACGAGUCCCUUUUCUGGUGUACCGAUCCACGCCGUUAAUUGACCAGUCACGCCACUUAUCAGCGGUCACAGCACUUGUUAUUUUUCCCUUUAUUUUUAUUUUAUUUUUUUGAAACAUACAAGCUAUACAGUUUAACUGCUUGAUGUGGUGCAAGUGUCUGGCUAGCCCCGCCCGCCCUUAUUUAGCUUGUUGCUGAAAUGUUGGUACAGGCUAAUUUCAGAUUCACUUAAACAGCUUAGCAAGUGGAACUGGGUCAGUGUUACUUUCAGUGUAAGGAAUCCACCAUGUGUCCCCCUUUUUUUUCUACAAACAGAAUUUGUAUAUAUAUCUAUUUUUUUUUUUCUACUGAUGAAUUUGUGCAUUUGAUAUUUAACCUUAAAUAUUUUGCAAGUAAAGGUUAGAACUCCUCCAUGGGGGUUUGAAAAAGCACAUGGCCACUGUGACCAGAGUAUCUUUUUUUUUUUUUUUUUUUUUCUUCCCCUCAUCAGAUGCAUUUAAACAUUUGACCAUUCGUUUUCUUUUUGACACGUUUCCAGAACACGACACCACUUCACAAAUAAAAGCCUGGCAAGGUUCUUCAGAAAUGAUUUUAAAAAGGAAAAACAUUCCACAAAACAACAAAAAAAACACAUAAAUGAGCUGUAUUAUAAGCUUUUAUUUUACGUUCUGACAACUCCACAUCAAUGUGCCACGUUUUAAUUAUUAUUAUUUUUUUUUUUUAAGAUGACAGUUUUGUCUUUAUUUUUCUUUUAAUCUUAAUUUUUAAAAUGAGACUAUGCUGGAUGAGGUGAGACGCAAAGCUUGUUGAAUUAAUCUGGAGCGCUCGUGCCCAGUGAAGGCAAGUUUUUUUUUUUUUCCUGUUUUAUUUUUAUUUUAAUGUGUGUAAGCUGGUAAUUGUUCAGCUCCCGCUCAUGGCGUUAGCUGACAGGUAGUGGACAGGUAACAACGCCGCGGCGCUGUAGCCAUUUCACCAAAGAAGGUUGGAGGUGUGACAUGGAGACGUGGGGGGGGUGCGGUGUCCAUGUCCUGUUGGCAGCUCUGCAGCGGCGGUACUCUGGAAACGGUCUCAAAAGGACCCGAUAUGCUGAUAAUAGGACACUGUAACACUUCUAAAUACCUUUUCUACAGACACAUCAUUACGGGGUUUUAUGUCUUAUAAGACUUACUUGAAGUUCUAUAUAUAUAAUAUAUAUAUAUGCAGCUGUUUCUUCUCCAGUUUUGGAAACUACUUUGCUAUCAAUCUGAAAGCAUUAAGCUGGUGAUCCAGGCAAUCUUUGGGUUUUUUUGAAGAUAGCUAUACAUUUCAGUAUUUUUGCCUUUUCCUCCCCUUUUUUUUUUUUUUUUUUUUUUUUUUAAAGCUUCGAUCAAGUUGUUCCCCAUGUUGACGGGGCUGGAAACUUGGUAACGCACACUUUGGCCAUGCUCUGUAAUAUCAUCGCCGAUAUCAGAGUCUUAUCGGUCGUGACCAUUUCUAAUAUCUGUCCACUGGCAGUUUUUGUUCUGGUCUGCCUUUUUUUUUUUUUUUUGGUCUGAGGGGGAGAGAAGGGGUAAAUUAAAUCUUGCAGCCUCCAUUUUUAAUUUUAUUUUUGUAUUGUUUUUGUCAAAAAGUGUUAAAUAUACAGUCAUUCAAAUGGACAGUAUCACAAGCCUCCCCACAGUUUGAAUGUAGCCCACAGGCCAGGCAUCUGCAAUCCACCAACAUGGAUCAAAUGUCCUAUUAAAAAAAAAAAUGGCUCCUUUUCAGCGCCGUUUUGAGUACGCCUCCUUGUACCGAUACAGUCCACAAGCGUUUUAUUAACGUUAUACCUAAUUUUAACACUGAGAUGAAAAAAAAAAAGAAAACCCAGGCCUAAUGUGCUCAGGGGUAGAAAUUUAAAGUCUAAAAGUUAUUCAGUGAAAAAAAAAAACAACUUUUUGAUUUAAAAUAAGCACUUUACUGUACCAUGUGAAUGAUUGCAGUUAACUCGAAGCAACAUUUUGACAGUUGCGACAGAAUUUUUGUAUUGUUUUUCUAAAAAAAAAAAAUGCAAUAAAAUGAUAUGAACUGC